CAAUGAACUGUUGACUUGAUGGGGGUAGGGGCUGAACACGGAGCAGUGAUGGGAGGAAAUAUCACUUCCAUUCAAGAUUUUAUUGUACAGGUUCCAGUAUGGUUUCCCUUGGACGAUUUGUUAAAGCUGAUCACUUUUGGGUGUGAGGUUGCAAUCAUGAUUGGAGGUGUUGUUCCCUUUAUCCCUCAGUACAUUCAGAUCAAAUCAAAACAAACAACACAGGGUUUCUCACUCUACGUUUGUCUUGCACUACUUUUAGCUAACACACUAAGAGCUGCGGUUUUUGAAGUAAAGUCCGGACUUUCGGAGGCUCUAGUUUUUGUUACGCCCGGAUCUUUAGUUGGGUCUAACGAGGCGAGGAAGGCCAUUCACAAGAAUCACUCGUCCGAGCUACAUUCUCCUCAUUUUCUCGAAUUGAUUGUGAAUGAGAGACGACGUGAAAGAGUAUUUACAGAUCUGGAUUUAGGAUAUUUUUGGGCCUGGACAGAUUUUACAUCUUACUUAGAGUUUAUUAUGUCUGUCGCAGCCAUAGGUGCGAUGUUUAUGUAUUUUCUCCUGGAUUUUCCUCCCUUUGUUGAAACUGUUGGAUUUCUAGCAGUAUUUAUGGAGGCUAUGCUUGGAGUUCCACAGUUCUAUAGAAACUUCAGGCAAAGAUCCACGUAUGGUAUGUCUCUACCAAUGGUGUGUAUGUGGACUACUGGAGAUGUAUUUAAAACUUCAUAUUUCUAUUUGAGGAAUACUCCUGCACAGUUUUUUAUCUGCGGCUCUCUUCAGGUCUGUGUUGAUCUAAUGAUUCUAUCUCAAGUCUGGAUGUACAGAGAAUCUACUAUGAAAAAGAAAAGAUCAGAACAUAACAUGAACCUGUGACAGGAGGAGGAACUGGACAUGCUAAGCAAUGAGGGGGAUGAAAUGUUAGAGGGUAAGGAGAACAAGCUGGAGACUGCUGCGGAGAACAUCGUCACAGUCGAGGCCAUCCUUCUCGAGAAGGACAGCGUGAGCAUGGAGGUAGAGCAGGAGAAGGAAGAUGAUAUUAAAAAUAAAGAAAUUGUUAUUGUUAACUUUGUAAAUAUAAAUCCGUCUUCUCAGGAA